CAUCACUGGGGACGCACUCAAUUGCUACGCAUUCAAUUUCAAUUGAUGCUUCUCUCAGUUCAAGCUCGAAUUUUGAACCUGGAAGGAAAUCCAGCAGCUAAAUUCGUUCUUGUUUAACGAGGGCCUUUGAAUUGGGGUGGGAAGGGCUGUAAUUGCAGGCGAAGAUGGACGAUUACACCAGAGAAAUGAUGGAUUUGAAAACCCUAGUCACUCGCACUCUCGAGAAGAAAGGCGUGCUUGCCAAGAUCCGUGCUGAACUGAGGGCUAGUGUGUUCGAAGCAAUAGAAGAGGAGGAUAGAGUGAUUGAGAAAGAUGAAGGACUGCCUCCUGCGCUUUUGGGUUGCUGCAACGAUCGUGCGAAGCAGCUUCACAACUCUCCUUCGGGAAGACUUCUGACUGCAUUGGUGUGUGAAUAUCUGGAUUGGGCUCAGCUGAAUCACACAUUGAAAGUUUACUUACCAGAGUGUAAUUUGCCUAAGGAUUCCUGGAAAUCUGAGUUGAAAGAAUUUAGCAACAAGAAUGGGUAUGAUCUUAAUCGGAAUGGAGACAGUGGUCCUUUGCUCCUGGAUGUUCUUGAGGGGUUCUUGAAAUAUGAGAAUCUUUCUCAAGGAAGGGGCAGUAAUAGGCGAUUCACUACUGCCGAUGCUGAAUCUUUGUCUAACUUGGAUGCUCGAAACACGAGGAGGGCACCACCAUCUGUAGCUGGAGGCUUGCCUCCAUUAGGAAGGCCUGUUCCGAUCUCAUCUGAUCGUCGAGCUGGAUCCUCUGCCUCUGGCUAUAGGAAAGAGGAAUACAAUUGGAGAUAUGACAAUGAUGAACUUCCAGAAGAUGUGGUCCGUGCUACAGCUGCAUUGGAAAAUUUGCAGUUGGAUAGGAAAGCUCGUAACCUAACCACUUCCUGGAGGCAUGGUGGGGAUGGGCUGCCGGAGGACUCCAGCUAAGUAGACGGAGAGAGAACAUGUAAUUGUAAUACAUUCUUACCGGUCACUUUAAUUUUUACUGAUCCAACAACAGCAGCAUGAUGCUUUUCUUUCAUCGAUAGGAUUUAUAUUAUGUGAGAUUGACUGUGUGGUUGCUUUGUGUAUUUGCCAUUUAGUAGUUAUAAUUCCUUGAGUAAGCUAGCUAGCUUUCUUUUCUUUU